AUGUCCGAUGUUAAACCACCAUUUCGCAUUGCUGAUAUAAAACUCGCCGAAUUUGGUCGUAAGGAAAUUAAAUUGGCAGAAGAAGAAAUGCCUGGAUUGAUGGCGAUGCGUGCUAAAUAUGGUCCUAAAAAGCCACUAAAAGGUGCAAGAAUUGCUGGUUGUCUUCAUAUGACGAUACAAACCGCAGUUUUGAUUGAAACACUCAUUGAGCUUGGCGCAGAAGUGCAGUGGUCUUCCUGCAAUAUCUUCUCCACGCAGGACCAUGCAGCAGCAGCAAUUGCUGCUACAGGCGUUCCAGUUUAUGCAUGGAAAGGUGAGACAGAAGAUGAGUAUGAGUGGUGUAUUGAACAGACAUUGGUAUUUAAAGAUGGCAAACCUUUGAAUAUGAUUCUCGACGACGGAGGUGAUCUAACUAACUUUGUCCAUGAAAGGUAUCCUCAAUAUUUGGAUGGUAUUUAUGGACUGAGUGAGGAAACCACGACAGGGGUGCAUAAUUUGGUACGAAUGCAUUCGAAAGGAAAAUUGAAGAUACCAGCUAUUAAUGUAAAUGAUAGUGUAACGAAAUCUAAAUUCGAUAAUUUGUAUGGAAUUCGCGAAUCAUUGCCCGAUGGAAUUAAAAGGGCCACGGAUAUAAUGGUAGCAGGCAAAGUGGCUGUUGUUUGUGGUUUUGGUGAUGUUGGUAAAGGUUCUGCUGCAUCUCUUCGAGCUUUUGGUGCUCGAGUGAUCGUUACGGAAAUCGACCCCAUCAAUGCCCUUCAAGCUGCCAUGGAAGGUUAUGAGGUUAAGAGAUUGGAGGAUGUUGCCAAAAUCGCCCAGAUUGUGGUAACAACAACCGGUUGUAAAGAUGUUGUACGAGGUGAACAUAUGACUGAAUUUCCUAAUGACUGUAUAGUUUGCAAUGUUGGACAUUUCGAUGUUGAAAUUGACGUUAAAUGGCUGAAUUCGAACGCAGUAUCUAGUGAUAGCAUUAAACCACAAGUCGAUCGGUAUUUGUUAAAGAAUGGUCGUCACAUAAUUUUGUUGGCAGAAGGGCGACUUUGCAAUCUAGGAUGUGCUACUGGUCAUCCUUCAUUUGUUAUGAGCAACUCAUUUACUAAUCAAGUUCUUGCACAAAUAGAUCUGUUUACAAAGCAUGGAACUCCGCAACAGUAUAAAAUCGGUGUACAUGUAUUACCGAAAACAUUGGAUGAAGAAGUCGCUCGUCUACAUUUGGAUAAACUAGGCGUGCAGUUAACUAGAUUGACUGAAGAUCAAGCAAAUUAUCUUGGCAUACCAGUUGACGGACCAUACAAACCAGAUCAUUAUCGUUACUAA